UGAAAUCUGUGUGGAAAAAUGUGAUUCAUUGGCCAUUCCCUCGGUUUUUAACUUUCUAAAAAUAUGUGCGGCCCGCCAAUGACUCACAACCUUUAAUUUUGGCCCACGAACGACAAAAGUUUGCCGGCCCCUGGUCUAAAGUGUAUUUGUACUGUUUUCAUUACUUUAUUCAAAAUCAAUAAUUCCACUUUAAUGUUUCACAGGCUCUAUUUCCUAGCGGUCAAAACGGUUUACGUUACUGUGUAUUGCUAACGUUAUAUAAUAUAUCUUUCGUUUCUAUUUUGUUUCCCAAAAUUUGUGAAGGUAUGAAAAUGUUUAAAGUCUAGUCAUUCACCUGUCAAAGAAGUAUAUUUCAUUUUUCACUUUGACCAAGCCAAUGCCGCUAUAAUUAUUAUUAAUUAACCGCUCACAGUAAUGACUGGUCUGUUUCAUAUGCUUAUUGUUGAUCAUUAAAAAGCCAGGCAUGUGUAGAGUGUAUUUAUUCGGAUUUUUGUCACAAUUUUAUUCCUUUAUUGGAAAUCAUUAUUUAAUUUUACUUCCAGUUAAAUAUUUUUUUCAUGACUGGGAAAAUUUUGGGUGGUAAUUUGUAGAAGACAAACAUUUAAAACUUUUUCUGAAAUAGUUUGAAUUAAAAUUUAUUUAUAUCAUUCACUUAACCCACCCAUGGCUGCAUUGUUAGUUUAGUUUAUUUCUCUUGUAUAUGUUUACUUUAUUUCAACCUUUCUUCUUUCUGCUAUAUUUCUAGUUCAGAUCUAGAAUUUAUUCUUAAUUCACGUUAUUGUGCCUGAUGCCUCAAGGUAAACUCAAAACAAAAGUGAAAAUACCAAAAGCUUCACAGAAGAAAGUAAAUCAUAAAAAGAAUAAAGGACCAAAGAAGGGAGGAAGAGUGAUAAAACCUAAAAAAGCCAGGGCAAUCCAGUCUGCUCAACUUAAAAAGGGUCUUCAAGUUGAAAUUAAUAAGAAAAUAGAAAAGGAGAUUGUCUUACAAGCAGGCAAGAACAGCAAACUCACAUUGGUUGGAUCUAGUGAGACUUCUACAUCCAAGACUUCAUAAAAGAUGGCUGACCCAAAGAAGCCUCGUCCUGAAGAUGAAAGUAGUGAUGAAGAAUGUAUAGUAGAAGAUAUGGGAUCAGAUGAGGAGCAAGAGGGAGAUGAGAAUAUGGAAAUUAAUGAAGAAAUUCAAGUCGAUUUUGAAGGUUUCAGCAUAACUGACAGUGACUUUCAUGGAAUUCGUCAAAUGCUGCAUCAAUUAUUCCCCAAAGAUAAUGUUGAUAUCAGCGAGAUUGCUAAUAUACUUAUCGGACAGAAUUUUAUUGGAACCUUACUGAAACAGAGUGAAUUUGAAGAAGAUGAAAGUGACGAUGGCGAUGAUAAUGAUCAAGUAUUUGGGGUUACAAGUUGUUUAAGUUUGAAUGGAAUGCAUGAACAGAACGAUGCGAUCAAGCAACUACUCAAAAUAUUGGCUUUGAAUUGUGAGAAAUUCGAAACUGAGGAAUCUUGCAAGGAGAAAUUUAAAAUGAUAUUGGAAUCAAAUAAAGAAGAUGGUUGUGUUGGUUGGAUCAUUAAUGAGAGGUUUAUCAACAUUCCACCUCAGGUCUCGCUCCCGAUGUUUGAAAAGUUGCAGACUGAGUUAGUGGAAGCCAGGAGUAAUAAGAAACACAAAAACUGUUAUGAAUUCACCCACUAUAUCAUGAUAUGUAAAACAUACUGCCCCCUCACACCCGAGGGUAAAAAAUUCGACUCUUCUAAACUCCAAUUUAUCAAUUCUGAGGAAGAGUUGUUUUUUGAGGAGGCUGAUGUUCAUUUUACGUAUACACCAGUGGGCGCUGCUGCUUUGUUAUCAGGCAAGUGGGAGGAGGAUUCGGCUGAAAUGCAAUCAUGCAGAACUGUUUUACUAGUUACGAAAGAUCGUAUCCCAAAUGUGAUGGCUAAAUUACAACAGCAUUUAACAUUGCCAGUUGCUCAAUAAAAGGUGUCUUGGGUA